AUGGCUACGGAAGUUAUAAAUAAUGUUCCAGAAAAUACAGAAAAAGAGAAGGAAUUGAAGGAGGACGCCCCCGGAGAUAAUGGUCAAACAAAAGAUGAAGCGCCGGCAUCCGGAGAAAAAACUGAGGUGAAGGUGGCAGAAGAGAAAAAGGUAGAACCGGCUCCUCCCAAACCAAAUGUACACAAAAUAAAUUUCGAACAAGAUGUUGUAUAUUUGUAUCAAUUCCCACGAACUCCUUUGUUGCCAUCGACUUCGCCGUACUGCUUGAAAGUUGAAACAUGGCUUCGCCUAGCUGGCAUUAAAUAUGAGAACGUCGACCAUAAGGCGAAAUUCCGCUCCAAAAAGGGACAACUUCCGUUCGUAGAACUGAAUGGUGAAGAAAUUGCCGACAGCACUUUCAUCAUCAAAGAGCUCUCAGAGAAAUACAACAAGGAUCUCGACGCUGGCUUGACGCCGGAUCAACGGGUAGUGACACAUGCGAUGGUUUCUAUGAUUGAGAACCAUCUCUCUUGGGUGAUUCUCUGGUGGCGUGCUAAAUAUCCGGACAGUGUGAUCAAGGGCUAUCAAGUGAACCUCCAGAACGCGCUUAACACUCGCCUUCCCAGCCCCAUCCUGAACUUCUGCUACAAAUUCACUUCUGGCCGUAAGGGUAUGAAGAAAGCGAAAGCCCAUGGUAUCGGUGUGCACAGUCAGGAGGAGAUCAUCGAGUUCGGUAAAAACGAUCUUCGCGUGCUCUCUGACCUACUCUCCGACAAACCUUUCUUCUUCGGAGAUGAGCCAACACUUCUCGACGUGGUUGCAUUCGCGAAUCUCGCCCAGCUACACUUCAUCGACAAAGAAGUUCAACACGCGUUACGUGAUGCGCUAGACGAAUCAUUCCCGAAUCUGGUGGGACUGGUCUCCCGUCUCAAGGAGCGGGCCUUCCCCGACUGGGAAGAGAUCUGCGCCCCCGAAGUGCAAGCACCACCCCCCAAGAAGGAGAAGGAAAAGGAGGGCACGGGACCCAACGAGAAACAACCCUUACCAGAUGAGCCAGAAAAGGGAAAGGGUGACGAGAAGGAGAAAGAGUUAGAAAAGGAGCCGGAAGAGAAGGAGAAGGAGAAGGAAAAGGAGAAAGAAAAGGAAAAG